AUGUGUGCUUCUUCAAAACGUCAAAGCUUCCUCACAGCUUUCCCCUGGCUUUGCACCGGAAAACCUGCUCCUUCCUCUGCCAGUAGCAAUAAUUUGCCACAAUCUCCUACCUUCAAUCCCAUGCCUCAAUUCCAGGCUGAAAUCACGAGUCCAACCAGGCAAAGCAAUCAAACACCUGCAACAAAAGUGAUUUUCCAGCAAUCUAUCCUUGAUUCUAGGCACACGGGUCAAUCAAGUUUGAAAAACAUUGAUGAGGCAACUUUGAAUAUUCAUGAGAAUGAUUCCACAUUUAUGUCCGAGGAUGAUAUGAAUCUUUAUGAUUUGAAGAGGAAAAUGGUUGACAUUCUCUCCAAUAAAGAGUCGGCUAUAUCAGUGGAAGAUGAUGUGGAUUCUAUUUCUGAGCCAAAUAAUUUUCAUAAUAUUGAUGUUAUUGGGCUUCCAAAAAAUGGGGAACAGCCCAAUUUUAUCCUUUGUGAAACUUUAUGCAACAAUGAAAUUGUGGAUAGGCUCAAAAUUCGGUUGGGCUUUGAAAAUUGUUUUACUGUGCCAGCCCAAGGUAGAAAAGGACGAUUAGCUUUUUUAUGGAAAAUCUCUUCUGAUGCUCAUUUACUCAAGUUCUCUGCCCACCAUAUAGACAUGGAAGUCCAUAUCCCAGGUUACGAUCACUGGCGUCUCACCGGAUUUUACGGCGAACCAAAUCGCUCUCUACGUCAUACAACUUGGGAGCUCUUGCGUGACCUGGCCGAUGAUUCGAACUUGCCAUGGUGCAUUAUCGGUGACUUCAACAACAUCACUACUCAUGAAGACAAGAAAGGGGGUCUGCUCUAUCCAGAAUCACUAAUCAAUGGCUUUAACGCAGCUCUCCAUGACUGCCGACUGUGUGAGCUUCAGUUACGUGGUCACAGAUAUACUUGGGAACGUGGUAAAGGGACUCAAAAUCACAUUGAAAUAAGGUUAGACAAAGCUUUUGCUACCCAAUCUUGGCUAACUAUUUUUAAUGAGGCUAGUUUGUCAAAUUUUGAUUUUUCGUCCUCCGAUCAUACACCUAUCUUUCUUGAACCUGCUCCUGCUGUUAUGAGUAAACCGAUCACUAUUUUGCGCUAUGAAAACGCUUGGUCCCGUGAGCCUUUAUGUGGUCAAAUUGUCCAAAACUGUUGGGAGGCAAAUGUCCAUCUCUCUCUUGUUGAUAAAGCAAAACUAUGCCUUGAAACUUUGAUUAAUUGGGGCCGUGAUCUUACCGGGCAUUUUAAGAAGAGGCUGUCAAAUACUCAGCAAGAAAUCUAUUGGAAGCAACGGUCCAAACAAUUUUGGUUAAAUGGAAGGGACAAGAAUAGCAAAUAUUUUCACGCCACCGCAAGCUCACGCAAACGAAAUAAUCAAAUUGUCCAGCUCCAAGAUAAUGAUGGAGUUUGGAAAGGCUGGAAGUCAGGGCUAGACCAGGUAAUUGUUGAUUAUUUCUUAGCUCUUUAUGCUACUGAUCGUGCUAUUUACGGCUCUGUAGUCAAUGGUAUUUGCCACUCGGUUACAGCUGAAGAAAAUGACAGUCAACUCUGUCCAAUUACAGCCGAAGAAGUCAAGCAAGCCAUCUUCCAAAUGUAUCCCGACAAAGCCCCCGGUCCUAAUGGCAUGAGCCCUGACUUUUAUCAAUAA